AUGGGAAUCUGCGUCACUGGGCACAUGCCCGGAGCGUCCCAGUGGGAAAUGCGGCCGCCGGAGGAGAAGGGCAGAGGGCCAAGCCUCCGGGAGCCCCGGGGCGUCAGCUGGGCUGCGGCCCUUCACUCUGAGAAGGCGCCCCUCUGCAGCCGAGCACGCCGAAGGCCCCAUGCUGUUAAAAUCUGGUUUCAGAACCGCAGAGCUAAGGAAAGGAAAAUCAACAAGAAGAAAUUGCAACAGCAACAGCCUCCCCAGCCCCCGCCUCCGGCCCAACCUCCCCAGCCUCCGCCGGGUCCUCUGAGAAGCGUCUCGGAGCCCCUGAGUCCCGUGACUUCCCUGCAGGGCUCAGUGCCUGGCUCGGUCCCCGGGGUGCUGGGGCCGGCAGGAGGGGUGCUCAACCCCACCGUCACGCAGUGA